AUGGUAUCUUUUGAUGUAGAAUCGUUGUUUACAAACGUACCGAUCGAGACUGCAGUUCAAGCCGCAUUACGAAAACUAGAGAACGACAGCGAUCUUGCUAACCGCACGAACUUGAAUUUGGUCUUAAGAUCGACAUUUUUCUAGAAGAAAACGGAGCAGCCAUGGGAAGCCUUGUUGCUGCGGUUGUAGCUAACUUCUACAUGGAAGAAUUUGAAGAACAGGCGAUAGCAAAUGCGAGUUGCAAACCUAAGCUCUGGAAAGGAUAUGUAGAUGACACUUUCACAGUCUUAGACCGGGACCGUGUCAACGGCUUUUGUCAACAGCCUACUACUCGUUUUACCAUGGAAAUCAAGAAAGAUAACACCAAUCCCCUCUCGACACAACAGUUACAAGGCACUCAGACGGUCUUCUCACUACCACUGUAUAUAGAAAGCCCACCCACACUGACCAGUACCUAGCCUAUGAUUCACACCACCCUCAGUCAGUGAAGCGUGGUAUUGUUAACUGUCUUUACUACCGAGCCUAACACCUCACAACGAAACCGUCAGUUAUCCCCAGGGAAAAUAGACACUUGUCAUCAGUACUUAUUUCUAAUAGCUAUCCCUCUUCAUUUGUACGAAACCUCGCAAAGACAACAAGGUUAACAGGCAACAAAGAACCCGCACAGGAAUUUUUAAUCUACUGCCGUUCUCCCUUACAUAAAGGGUGUAUCAGAGGUUCUUCGCCGCUGCCUACAACAUCAAGGCAUACGAACCGUUUUCAAAUCGGACACGACACUUAGAUCUCACUUAGUACGACCUAAAGACGCCCUAGAUGAUGUUACAAGAUCCCAUGUGAAUGCGGCAAAGUGUAUAUCGGUGAAACUGGGAGAUCAAUGCGAGAAAGGAAAAAAGAACAUGACAGAGACAUACGGUUUGCUCGUACUUAGACCUCUGCGGUUUCGGAGCACGCUAACGAAACGGGGCAUAUUCCUAUUUGGAGCAAGGUUAAGUUUAUUGAUCGUAACCCCCACUGGUACACACUUAGGGUCAAAUGGGCUAUCCAUAUAAGACUUCAUCCCGACAACAUCAAUUGGGAUAGCGGAAUCGACAUAGCGACACCUAAACAAUCGACCUCAUCACCUGAUGAAGAGUAGCAUUAUUGCACUCGAAACGUCGCGAUCUACAUCAAAAGUGACUCUAUCGUGAGACAAACGAACAAAGUUCAUCUCCUAUCUCACAUUACGAUGAACAAUAAAGACAUAUUUCAUUACAAUAUCACACCUGAUGAUUCUUCUAGGGAGUCAUAACAUUAACAUAAAUUUUUUGUAGAAAAAUAAAAAAUCCUCUGCUCAUACUUGAAAUAAAAUUCUCAGAUAGUUAAAGAGGACAUACUUAGCAGCUAACAAUCUGCAGUUUUUAAUGGAUAAAAAUAAAACUCGCUACAGCUGCACAUUUUUCAUCGGUACAAUUAAUUAGGGAAGAAGAAAAAAGAUUAGCACGGAACGAAAAAUUAGAUCGAAGCCAGGGUUUUACAUUGGAAACUUGUACCUUGAUUUUUUACUUGUCAAAAUGUAUUUGCCACCAUAUUAAACGAGGAUCAGGAAACAUGUGAAAAAGAAUCUGAGUGUAUGUAAUUAAGUAAUUAAUUAAUUUCCACUGUAGCAGUAAUAAUCUUGUGCAUGAAAAAAAAAAACGUUGCUAGCCCAACCAUUAUGUGGGUAACCCUAUAACUACGACUCAUCACGAUCGUUUCUGAGAAGACAGAAUGCAUUUAAAAUCUCUAUUUUCAACGCAUAAAAGGGUUGUUAUACCAUCUUGGUUCUUUAUCCCUCAUCAAGGUUGGGUUUUCCAAGUUGAUGACCUGUAUGACAGCUGAUAGUCUUUUGAGCCACGCCCACACACCGUACAGAUUUGACGAGGAAUUUGCACAUCCCAGCAGGUGGCACUCUAUUGUAUCUCACGACCUUGAAAAGCUAAGCAAUGGCUUGUGUCUAACAGACUCACCUUGAACACUCCAAAGACUGAAUUUAUGUUGCUCGGCUCUGGGAAAAGAUUAAGUACUCUACCUGAUACGCUCGAACUUUCCAUAGAUAAUGUUCUGAUUGAACAAGUUUCCCGUGAAAUCCCUUGGAAUAUAAAUCGAUGAAACUUUAAUGUGGCAUUCUGACAUUAAUAAACUGUGUAAAAAGUUCGCUUCCGCUAUUGCAGUCAUGAAGCGAGCUAAGCCAUUUGUGUCCCAGUCCACCCUACUAAAUAUUUACAACUCACUACUUCAAUCUCCCUUUGAUUACUGCAGCCUAGUCUGGGGUAAUUGUGGCAAAACAUUAUCUAACAAGCUGCAAAAACUACAAAAUCGUGCUGCACAUGAAAGAACUUCAUCAAACUAUGUCUGUUACCUGAACAGUGCGAAACCUCUGGCGAAAUCUCUGCGAAACCUCCCACGCUAAAUUUUGCGAGCAUCAUCCUCUAGCAUCAUCAUAUAACCCCUGGUUCUUUUCAAUGCUAUAAAAGAUUGUGCUAUAUCAGUAUUCAUAUGCCCUGGUUCUUUUCAAUGCUAUAAAAAAUUGUGCUAUAUCAGUAUUCAUAUGCAGUUUUAACUGCCUUUCUUUGGCAUUAUAGCACGAACUCUUCCCAACCUGGACGCGCCGCUUAUGGCGGACCAAGAUAAAGAGUUUGAGAAGUUUAAAUGCGAGGAUAAAAGUUUUAGAUCGUGUAUGUUAUGAUUUCUUAAUAUGUAUGGCUGACCUUGUUAUGGGCCUACAAAGCGUAUCAAGAAAAGUGGAUAACCUUGACUAAAUGACUACCUUGACUAAAAUAGGCUUUGUUAAAUGAUUAAAAUGACCGUGUAUGGCCACCUUGGAACAAUGGCGGAAACAGCUGUUGAUCUUUAUUUUACCUUUGUAUAAAAGAAACCAAGUACAUGCAUUCUAUCAGAAGGUCACUAUGACAACUUAGACGUAACAACGUCACGAAAUUUAUAUUUUCGAAAACAUAAAAAGACCGUUUGCUAGCACACAAAAUUUGAAAGCGGGAAUGCAUCGCGUUGUGGCACCGGUACGAAGUUACCGAAGCAUAAUUUUCAUCGUGUUUCACAGGGGGUACAACGGCUAUCUAGGCAUAUUUGGUUCAUCAAAAGGGUCCUUUAGGAAAAACAAAAUGAACUGUCGGCGGAUUCUCGGUAUUUACGUUCAGAGGCUCUUUUAAAAAUGACCGUACCGGUGGAGGACAGAUCCAGAUGCCGAACUUUCCAUGUAACGAACCAAAUGCAUAAGUUACAUUAUAGCGUAUUUUGAAGGAAUUUUCUUGAACCUGUUUUGAGAACGGCCAUUAAAGGUAAUAAAUGUCGGCUUCAAAAGGCCUCCUAUUUUCGAUUUGAGUCGGUUCCAAGAGAUUAUAAACUGGUCGGUUCAGAUUUUAAUUAAGUUCAGCUCAUGAAAAGCUCGGCUCAUAAAUCGCGCCUUAUUUAAUGUUUUGUCGACCAGUUGUGGUUUUUAUUCAAAGUGUCGACUACCCGUGACCGAUGCAAAUGGAAUUCUUAAACAUUGUCAUUGAUCAAAAGAUUUCUUCGAUCAUCAAACCAUUUGUUCCAAAAGAAUUUCAUCAUGGCGUAAUAAAAGGUGGCUUCUGCAGCAUUGACCACAAUAGUAACUGCCUGAAGGGCGGACGGGGUUCGAUGAAAGUUAUUCACACCUGUUACUUGGAAAGCUGCUUGCGUGGAAGUCAAAACGAAAAGAUAUAAGUUCUCCAGGAUAAAUAAAAGCAGAGUGAGCGAGUAUGCCAAAUUCUUUACGUUGUCUCUGUGUUCCUUCCACGGUGCGGGUACAGUAUUCCACAGAUACACUACCAGGGUCGUCGCAAUUUCUCCGAGAAUGAACAUAACUUCAAUAAUUAAACUUAUACUUGAUGUUUCUGUGCAGAUGACGAUGAUGUUGUAAACAACAGCGACCAUUAACUGAGCGAAAAGCGACCAGAACCGGGCAUACUUCGAGUUGUUUCGAAGAGCAGAAAGAUAUCCUUCAUAGUUUGGCACCUUUCGUAGCACAAGAAUAACAAGUACAGUGUUGAUAAACGAAGACAUCUGCCAACUUAUCUCCAGUUCCAUUGCAUGAGAAAAUAUCGUGAAGUUUUUGCAGCGAUAACUUGCAAGUUUUUCCCGGAAGAAGCAAUCUGUAGCGUGAAUGCUGUACAGGACUAAGCUGAUAAAACGCCAUAAAAUAAAGCCGAAAUAAGUUAACGUAACGCCAACCUUUAAAAAAACCUGACGGCAGCGAAAUCGUAAGGUCGCUUCCUCUCUCCUGUUAUUCCUACCUAUCAGAAUAUAACCUGUGUCAUUCUUCAUACUGAUCAAAACGAAGAAGUUCAGCAACUUGACUUUUUUCACCAUUCAAUAUUAUCGUCAAGUGUUUCUAUAGGAAAAAUGGAAUUUCAACUGUCGGCAUUCGAGGAAUACCAGAGUGGAAGAGCACGUCGAAUAUUGAAAGUGAAAAACCUUGAAGGUAAAAAUAUAGGAUCAAUAUCAGUAUCUGGGCAGCCGCCCACCUACCCCUCCCUUAACUCAACAACAGUCAAUUGACAACAAGUUAAGGUUAAUGUUGAGUUAGGGGAGGGGUAGGUGGGCAGUUGCCCAGAUACUGAUAUUAAUAUAUUUAUGCGUCUGCCGUUUUUCACUCCCCAAAAGCUGAAACUCAGGCCUGACGUUUAAGCGUAGAUCAACACUUUAAAACAGUAGACGACGAGUGAAAAUAUAUUGUGUUUUGGUGCUUAAUAAGAUUUUGAAAUGCAUUUGCAUAAGUUUAGUCUGUGUCAGCACUUCCUAAUUUCUACGAAAGAAUAAAGUGGCUAAGUAUAAGUUUCUAAAAAAAAAAAAAAAAAAAAAAAAAGCAGCGCUAUGUCAGCACUUUUCUAAUUUCCACUAAAGAAUAAAGAGGGUAAGUUUCUGAAAAAAAAAAUCCUGCGUCAGUAAUAUUCUAAUUUAUAUUAUAAUAAAUUCCGGAUGUAACGUGCGCUGUCAUUAGUUGAAAAAACGUGCUCUAUGAGAGUUUAUAAUAAAGUUCGGAUAUAACGUGCGCUGUCACUGGUUGAAAGAGCGUGCUCUAUGAGAGUAUAAAGCAUAGAGCUGAGCUAAAACUGUCACGCCAUUUGCCAAAUUGGACUAUGUCCGACCUUUUCCGGGACUUCUUUCUAGCUUCUCUUUCGUCAAUUGAAAGUGAAAUUUAGAAACAAGCGAGCAAAGGUUUGCAGAAAUGCCAGGUGCAGUAAUUUACGUUACUGUUAAGUGAGCAGAGACAAACCAUCCUCAAAGAUAAAACAAAAUGGACAGUCCGAGUUUUAAAGGUUUUCACGCUCAGUUAGAUUGCAAGUUUACGUACGGUAAUAAAAAUCAAACACAGCUAACACUUGUAUAGUGUAUAAAAAAACAAAAACAGAAAAAAACAGGAAUGAUGAAAAAUAUAACCUGGCAUAACUGUUAAAAUUCAUACUAAUAAUGACGGUGUCGGAGCGACUGCGAUCAUGCUGAGGUCUAUCGCGGCUAGCUCAUCAUGGCGAUCAUCGGUCAUCGCAGUGGAGCAAGCCUCAGGAACUAAAUCGACUACCCUUCGAGUGGAAAAAUAAGAGCUUGCUCUGAUAACCUUUCCGAUGCGUUGAUUGGAAAGAUACAUCAAUCACUGCAGCCGAGUUUUACAGCACUGUCAUUCCGAGCGAUCUUCAUGUCCUAGUGAAUUCGACUGUUGUUCAUUCAUAAAACACUCGCCUUGAACAGUUUGUUUCCUACUUGUCAUGUGAAAUAACUUGCGUAUUUUUGUGAGCCACGAUUGGGUCGAAUUUCACUGAACAUUUCACUGUCAGAUUCUGUAUUAGAAACGAAAAAACUUCAGGCAAAAGUGUUCAAUUCGACAUGCCGAACUAUUUUAGUUUGUCAAAUAUUGCAGAGUAUGAACUUUGAUGGUUUGACAUUUUUGACAACUUUAGUCUUGUACAGUCAAUCAGAUUAUUUGAACCAUUCUAACAGGGAUUCUGAUUGGCUAAUUGUAGCGUGCUUUAGAGAGUAUAGAGCAUGCUAACGACACUGUUGUUCGCUUUGGAAAUAAAGUUUGUUUUGAAAAUUGAAAGUAAUUCUUGAGGAAUUUAACGGAUUCUUUAUUAUAAAACAAAUAGAGAAGUCUUAUUGGCUUAUUGUAACGUGGGAACAGGGAUUCUGAUUGUCUUAUUGUAGCGUGCCUUAUGAGAGUAAAGAGAAUGCUGACGACACCGUUGUUCUCUUUAGAAUUAAAAUUUGUUUUGAAAAUUGAAAGUAAUGCGUGGGGAAUUUAACGGAUUCUUUAUUACAAAACAAACAGAAAAGCCUUGACUGUGCUCUGUUCUGUUUUAAAGCACACAGGAAGCGGCUAGAGCACUCUAACCGCUUUCUGCGUGCUUUACAACAGAACAGAGCAAAGUCAAGGCUUCUCUAUUUGUUAACGAAAGAAUAAAGAGGAUAAGUUUCAAAGAUCCAGCAGACCGGCUAAGCCGUAAACUCACUGACAAGCUUCUCAGCUUGAAACGAAGUGGACAUCUAUCAGAAACCAUCUACAGCAAGAUCAAACCUAGGCACAAACAGCUAGGAUCUACGGCUUACCUAAGAUAUACAAGCCCAACACACCAUUAAGACCAAUUGUAUCAUGUAUUAACACCUUUGCUUACGAUUUGUCGGCAUACCUGGCCAAUAUCCUGUCCCCCUUGACAGGCAAGUCAAACUACUCAGUUGUUAGUCACGAGAAAGUAAAUGAUAACUAGGUCAUGUUAUCUUUUGACAUAGAAUCGUUGUUACAAACGUACCGAUCGAGGCUACAGUUCAAGCCGCAUUACGAAAACUAGAGAACGGCAGCGAUCUUGUUUAUCGCACAAACUUGAAUUUGGUCUUACGAUCGACAUAUUUCCAGAAGAAAACAGAGCAGCCAUUGGAAGCCUUGUUGCUGCGGUUGUAGCUAACAUCUACAUGGAAGAAUUUGAAGAACAGGCGAUAGCAAAUGCGACUUGCAAACCUAAGAUCUGGAAAGGAUAUGUAGAUGACACUUUCACAGUCUCAGACCGGGACCAUGUCAACGGCUUUUUGCAACAUCUAAACAGUCAACAGCCUACUAUUCGCUUUACCAUGGAAAUCAAGAAA